CUGAAAUUCAAAGUUCAACAGCAUUCUCGUCGCAUUGCACCCGAUCCCGAAAACGCCAUGAACGGACAAAAGAAACGGAAGGCCGCGGGACAGGCUACGAACCCCCCGGCGAAGAAAUCAAAAGCGCAUCAGUCAGCCCUGAAAAUGGCCAAGCAAGCAAAGUCGCGAAAGCCCAUCAGUGCUAGUUCUUUACGAUGGCGCGAAGCCACACUACCCGAUAUGUUUAACGAUGCCGAAGGCUUUUUUGGUCUAGAGGAGGUGGAUGAUGUUGAGGUUAUCCGCAACAGCGAUAACACGAUUGAAUUUAGAACGACUGUGCCUGCACCAGAAGAGGAAGAAGAAGUGGAAGACGAGGGAAAAGACAGCCCGGUAGAAGAUGAGUUCGAAGGAUUCGACGAUGAACCGCUGGCCCGCGAUUCUACGGAAAAUAAGCCACCUGGCCCAUCUAUCAAGGAGAUCGUGGAAGACUUGGAGAUAAACACGACCGAUGCCGCGGAUGUGAAGGAUAAAAGCGAGAAACCUUCCAAGAAGCAAAAGAAAAAGAAGAAUGCCAGUAAAAUGGAAGAUCCGGAGCUUGAGACGAAUGUCUUUGGUGGAUUAGACUACGCGGACGAGACGCAAAACGAAGUCGACCUUUCCGAGUGGGUGCCGAUAGACCUAUCACCCUGGAUUCUCUCGUCAUUAGCAAAGCUAGGUUUUGCUAAACCUACCCCUAUACAAGCUGCCACCAUACCGCAUAUCAUGGCCGGUCACGAUGUCAUUGGAAAAGCUUCGACGGGGUCAGGAAAAACCCUGGCUUUUGGCAUCCCAAUUGUUCAAAAGUGGUUAGAAUUAUCGGAGAAGAAUGAAGCCCCCAGUGGCGACUCCAAGGUCCCACUUGCUUUAGUUUUAUCUCCAACAAGGGAACUUGCACACCAACUUACAGAGCACAUCAAAAACUUCUGCGCUGGCUUACCAACUUCACCUUACGUGUGUUCUGUCACCGGUGGUUUAUCCGUUCACAAGCAGCAGCGCCAACUGCUCAAAGCCGAUAUCGUCAUCGGAACACCUGGUCGGUUGUGGGAAGUGUUGAGUGCCAGCUCCGACUUAAUGAGCAGCUUCAAGGCGAUCCAGUACCUCGUCGUGGACGAAGCUGACAGACUUUUGACGGAAGGCCACUUCAAAGAAGCUGCCGAAAUUUUCAGUGCUUUAGAUCGGGUGGAGGUGGAGGAAGAUGAAGAGGAUGCGGAACCUUCGCCAAGGCAGACCUUGGUGUUCUCAGCCACAUUUCACAAAGGCUUACAACAAAAGCUCGCUGGCAAGGGUCGUCAGGAUCUGAUGAGCCAACAGGACUCCAUGGAAUAUCUUCUCAAAAAGUUAAAUUUCAGAGAAGAAAAGCCGAAAUUCAUCGACGUUAAUCCGGUUUCGCAAAUGGCAGAGGGUCUCAAGGAAGGCCUCGUAGAAUGUGGAGCCAUGGAGAAGGAUCUCUAUUUGUAUGCCCUGUUACUCCUAUAUCCUAACGCACGGACAUUAGUCUUCACCAAUUCCAUCAGCUCUGUCCGAAGACUGUCCCCGAUGCUUCAAAAUCUUAAUCUUCCGACGCAUCCGCUGCAUUCUCAAAUGGCUCAAAAGGCACGUCUACGUUCUGUUGAGAAAUUCACCAGUGCGAAAGAGGGCCAAUCAUCGAUAUUAGUUGCGACUGAUGUUGCCGCGCGUGGCUUAGAUAUCCCAGGGGUUGAUUUAGUAGUACAUUACCAUGUCCCUCGUGCCGCAGAUGUUUACGUGCAUAGAUCUGGACGUACCGCGCGCGCGCAUCGAACAGGUUUAAGUAUAAUUCUCUGUGCCCCCGAAGAGGUUACGCCAACUAGGCGACUUAUCGCAAAAGUGCAUUCAAUCAGCGAUAAGGGAGCGACGAGGAAAAGCUUCUUCGUGCAGACGUUGGACAUGGACCGAAAAUUGGUCAAUCGACUAAAGCCUCGCAUCACGCUGGCUAAGAAGAUUGCCGACGCUGGCCUCGCAAAAGAGAAAGGCAACAAAGAUGAUAGCUGGAUGCGAAAUGCAGCGGAAGAGCUCGGCGUCGAGUACGACAGCGACGAGAUGGAGCAAGUUGGGAAGUGGGGAGGCCGGGGAAGUGGCCGGAUGGAAAAGCAGAAAGAAGCGAGGGCCUUGACUAAGCACGAUCUUGGGGCCAUGCGCGCUGAACUCAGGGAGUUGCUCUCGAAGCGUGUCAACGCAGGUGUGAGCGAGAAGUAUAUCGCCACUGGCAUGGUAGACAUGGACGAGCUGUUGCGGGGCGCAAAAGGGGAGUUCCUAGGAAAGGUUGGAGGCUUGGAUAUUGAGACUUUGUAGUCUGGUAUUCUCAGCCAAACGUACUGUUACUGUUAGUGUCCGAGUAAUAUCCCUAACUACAUGUAGUACCUACCAUAUACCUACCUACCUACUCGUGACGCUCUUCCAUGGAUAGUUCGGAUAGAGCCAACGCUGUGAAGCGCCCUUGCUUUUUUAUAAUAACCAUAUCAUGAUA